AUGGCGGCGACCAUGAAGCCCGGCGCCAAGGAUGCCGCCCGGCGCAAGCGCAAGGAGAAGCCUGUGCUAGCGGAGGCCGUGCCGGCCGCCGAGGCCGGCAACUCUAAGUUUGCGCGCGCCCUGGGGUCUACUGACUAUGUCACGCGGGAGAAGGGUCUGGAGGCGCUGCAGCGGUGGAUGUGCCUGAGGAGCGACCUCGCUGAGCUCGACAUGCUGAAGAUCUGGAAGGGCCUCUUCUUCUGCUUCUGGCACUCGGACAAGCAGCCCGUGCAGGCCGACCUCGCGCAGCGCCUGGCGGGCCUGCUGCCGCGCCUGCCGCCGCCCACUGCGGCCCUCUACUUUGACUGCUUCCUGGCCACCAUGCGGCGCGAGUGGUUCGCCAUUGACUACCACCGGCUGGACAAGUUUCUGAUGCUGGCCCGCCGCUUCGUCGCCUCUGUUUUGGAGAUGCUGAGGGACAAGGGCUGGGACCCCGAGCUGACUCAGCAGUACGCGACCAUGCUGCAGGCCCGGGUGCUGUGCCCGCACGGCGACGCCAGCAACCGCGCAGCGGGCCUGACCUACCACAUAGCAGACCUAUUUGUCCCGGAGCUCCGCAACUGCGCGGCGCCGCCGCCGCCAGGCGCCGCGGGCGGCGAGCCGCCGCUCGCAGGACGGCGCCACAAGGCGGCAGCGCCGGCGCCGGCGGCGGCCGUGGCGGGCGGCAAGCGGGCGAGGGGCGACGCGGGGCAGGUGCCGGCGGCGGCGGUGGAGGCGCUGCUGGCGCCGUUUGUGGAGGCGCUGAGGGUGUUGCCAGAGAAGGCAGCCGUGCUGCGUAUCAGGGCUGGUGUGUUUGAUGAGUUGGCGGAGGAGGUGGCCUCGCCCUCUGACGGCGCCCCCCUGGGCCUGCUGGACGCGGCCGCAUUUGCUGCACACCUGUUUGACCUGGGGGCUGCGCCGGAGGUGCGCGCGCGCAACAGGGAGGCGCUCUACGCGGCGAGCGCGGCGCUCGAAAAAGCGGCGGCGAGGGCCAAGCGGCGGCGGCAGGAGGAGGAGGGGGGCGGCGGGGCGGAGGAGGCGGCAGCGGCUGGCGGCGCGAAGAAGAAGGGUUCAAAGCGCAAGGCUGCGGCGGAGGCGGCGGCGGCGGCUGGGGCAGAGGUGGCCGCGCGGGAAGGGCAGGCGCCAGCGGCUGAAGGCGGCGGCAAUGCCAAGGUGCCCAAGGGUAAGAAGGCUGCGGUCGCUUCAAAGCAGCCGCCUGCUGACCCUGAGGCUGCGCCUACUCAGAAGCAGAGCAAACAGAGCAAGCAGCAGCAGCAGCAGCAGCAGCAGCAUGAGCAGCAGCAGGAGCGGCAGCAGGACGAAGAAUUGCCGCCGGCUUUGAUCAAAGCAAAGAAGUCAAAGAGGGCCAAGGAGGCGCCUGCGGCGGCAGGAACUCCGCAGCAGCAGCAGCAGCAGCAGCAGCAGCAGCAGCAGCAGCAGCAGCAGCAGCUGACCCCCAAGCAGUCGCCCAAGCAGGCAGCGGUGGCACCUGUCAGCGAUGAGCUGGCCCAGCCCGGCUUCUCCACGCCGCAGCAGCCCAAGCGCGCCGCGCGCGAGCAGCGGCCGCAGCCGGCCACUGCGCAGGCGGCGCGCCCCCAGGACCGGCGGCAGCAGGCGCAGCAGCAGGAGCAGCAGCAGCAGCAGCAGCGCGGCGACGGGUCGCUGCACGCCAGCGGCGCGCAGUCGGUGCCGCCCAAGAAGCGGGGGGUUGUCAUCAACCUCCGGAAAAACAUCUACCACAAGCACGGCGCCCCGCCACCAGCUGCUGACAUCCGGACGCCGCCCCUGGCCAAGCCCAAGGGCUCGGCGCUGAAGUCGCCGGCGCCAAAGAGCGCGGCGCAGCAGCAGCCGCGCCAGGCGCCGGCGACGGCGCAGCCGGCGGCGCGGGUGGGGGCCGAGUCUGCGGCGCCGGGGUCGGCGCCGGCGAAGGCGGGCGGCGGCGGCGGGCGGGUGACGCCGGGGCGCGUGGCGCGGCCCAAGGCCGCCAUGUUUUUCUAA